AAGCUAAUUGUGUCGUAUUUUACCGGAUGAUCAAAAUCUUUAUCUUGACACUUGACACGAACUCAAAUGUAACAAAUACAUGUAUAAAUAGGACAAAAUAGAAACAAGAAAAACGCUUUACGUGGGCGAGACACAAUUUUUUAUGUUAGCUGCUAAAAUAAAAUAAAUUUAAAUAGGCUUUUUCAAGGAGGUAUACCUGUUAAGUGAUUAUUAUAAUGGCUCAGGGGUUAAGCGUGGGACUCUUAAAUUGUUUGGUCGGUUCGGGUUCGAAUCCGUGUUUUGCACCAAAAUGUUAUGUGACCCACCUUCUAAGAUUCACCUUUAUUUUAUUUCUUCAUAAAAGAGAAAUAAACAUAAAAAGACAAAUCAUUUAAUUUCAAACAAUGUGUCUGUCACUCUUAAAUUUAAACCAAUUUAGAAAAUUGGAAAGGUAUCAAGUUCACUCCAUGUUAAAGAGGUGUUAGAGUUAAUUUAGUAUUAGGCAUUAAUAUGGAGCAAGAACUUGACUAAAACUAAUCAUAUAUGGAAAGGAUAUAUGCACGUAUCCGACUGGAUGCCUACAUUAUUAAAAGCAGCUGGUGCAACUCCACCAGAGGAUAUUGAUGGCAUUGAUCUAUGGGAAAGUAUCACCUCUAAUAAGUCUUCCAAACGCAAUGUCAUAUUCGAAAUCGAUGACUACACCGGAUCCGCUGCUAUCAUUGAGGACGAGUUUAAAUUAGUUUUAGGAACAAUUGUGACUGAAUAUUGUAAUCACAAAGGAAGAGAACUCAAAGGACUCACUUGUGAUCCUCCCACAUAUAAAAAAGCUCUUACCGAGAGUGCUAUAUAUUCCGUCAUAACUGAAAUGGAUAAACGGUUCCUGUUUAACAUAGUGCAGGUUCCUUGAGAAACACAGGAUUUAUCAAGUACUUAUCCCGAUGUUGCUGAUAGAUUGUACUCCCGUUUACAAGACGAGAUUAAAAGGACUAUUCCGAGGAAAGUGCCGCUCGUCAGAGACUUGAGAGCUGCGCCGAGUUUACAUAAUUACACAUGGACGAUAUAGGCUGACGAGAUUGCAACUGAGUAAAGAUUAGUUAUCAGCACAGAGAGUUGUUUAGUAACGCUGUGGUAUAAUUUAAUGACAGCAUGCUGUAAAUUAUUACUUAUUUGUUUUAUGUACAUAGCAAAUCUUUAAUUUAACAGUUAAUAUUAAGACAAAAGAAUAUUUUAUAUAAAUUAAAAACUAUUAUAUGUAUUGUAAAUAGUAAGAAUUAAACGAAGAGGAUCA